GUCCUCCUCCCUCCCUCAGGAAGGAACCGGAAGGUAAUGGUAACGUUAACGGACCGCGGCGGACACGAGACGGAAGCGGCCGCGCAGGGCCCCGGGGCGGCCAUGUUUGUUCGUGGCAGCGGGCCGGAAGUGGGUGCGAGGAGGGGCGGAAGUGGCGGGGCGGUGGCUCCGGUGUGGGUGUGGGUCUGUGAGUGUGCCUGCGAGGGGGGGCGGCGGUCCUCCCAGCCGAGCUCCCUCCCCCCCGAGCGUCGGCUCCGGAGCCGGAUGUUGGCGGAGCUUUGACAGGAGGAGGCGGCGGCGGCAGAGGCAGCAUCCGCAGCAUCUGCAGAAUCAGCAGCGACGGCUCUGCAGGGCGAGACCAAGCAGCAGCAUGGCCAUGGAUCCUCUCUCCGAUCUGCAGGAUGACUUAACCUUUGACAACACCAACCAGGCCCUGAACCAGCUGAAGCUGGCUUCCAUUGACGAUAAAAACUGGCCCUCUGAUGAAAUGCCUGACUUCCCUAAAUCUGAUGAUUCUAAGAGCAGUUCCCCGGAUCCUGUCACACACCUGAAAUGGGAUGACCCUUACUAUGACAUAGCCCGACACCAGAUCGUGGAAGUGGCAGGAGAUGACAAAUAUGGGCGGAAGAUCAUUGUAUUCAGUGCCUGUAGGAUGCCUCCAAGCCACCAGCUGGACCAUGUCAAACUCCUGGAGUACCUGAAGCAUACCUUGGAUCAGUUUGUGGAGAGUGACUACACCCUGUUGUACCUGCACCAUGGCCUAACCAGUGAGAACAAGCCCUCCCUCAGCUGGCUCCGAGAUGCUUACCGGGAGUUUGACCGCAAGUAUAAAAAGAACAUUAAAGCCUUGUACAUCGUGCACCCCACCAUGUUCAUCAAGACGCUGCUGAUCCUCUUUAAACCUCUCAUUAGCUUCAAGUUUGGGAGGAAGAUUUUCUAUGUGAACUACCUGAGUGAGCUGAGCGAGCACGUGAAGCUGGAGCAGUUGGGCAUCCCUCGCCAAGUGCUCAAGUAUGACGAUUUCCUCAAAUCCACCCAGAAAACCCCAGCCACAGCUCCCAAGCCCAUGCCCCCUCGGCCCCCACUACCCAACCAGCAAUUUGGGGUCUCGUUGCAGCACCUCCAGGAGAAGAGCAAUGAGCCUGAACACCUUCCCCUUGUCCUCAGAGAGACCAUCGCCUACCUGCAAGCCCAUGCUCUUACCACAGAGGGGAUUUUCCGGAGAUCAGCCAACACUCAGGUUGUGAGGGAGGUACAGCAGAAGUACAACAUGGGGCUGCCAGUGAACUUUGAGCAGUAUGACGAUGUGCACCUCCCAGCGGUCAUCCUGAAGACGUUCCUCCGGGAGCUGCCUGAGCCGUUGCUCACUUUUGACUUCUACCCCCACGUCGUGGGCUUCCUCAAUAUUGAAGAGGACCAGAGAGUGGCAGUGACCCUCCAAGUCCUGCAGACCCUGCCCGAGGAAAACUACAAGGUGCUGCAUUUCCUGACAGCCUUCCUGGCCCAGAUCUCCUUCCAUAGCGACCAAAACAAGAUGAACAACACCAACCUGGCUGUGGUCUUCGGGCCCAACUUGCUGUGGGCUAAGGAUGCUGCGAUCACCCUCAAAGCCAUCAAUCCCAUCAACACCUUCACCAAGUUCCUGCUGGAUCACCAAGCAGAGCUGUUCCCCAACUCCGAGGGACCCUGAGUGCCCCUCAUCUCCAUCCCACCCCCUCCUCUCCCUCUUCUCUGGCAGCCACUGUCCGCUCCCUUGGCCUUGUCCCACUGGAUUCCUCAUGCAGGAAUAAGCCUCGGAGUCCUGGGAGGUGACAGUGCUCAGGAAGGAGAACCCUCCUCCAUGAUGGGGCCAGAGUUCCCAGCCCUUCUGUUGUGUGCCCACAGCCUAGCCCAGGCCCCCACCCCACUCGGGCUCCAGAGGCCUCUCUCUUCAACAUUCCUUCUCUCAGCAGCCUUAGACUCCUACACUGCCUCUCAGAUGCCAGGAUGUUGGAGGUUUCCCUGAUGCCGAAAUCCUGCUUUUAAAAGAUGGGAGAAGGGGCAUCCCUGACGGGCUGCUUCCCCCUGCUCCCCCUGUUGCCUUGGUACCUGUAGAUGACUGCCCUGGGGCUGGGGCUCUGGGCCACUUGUUGCCUCCACAGUUUGUGCUUAGUGUGACCAGCAGAGUGCUCCUGUUCCCAGAAAAUGUUCUAAGCCAGACCAAGACCAUGCCCUGCUCUGGGGGCUCUGCCCUGGGCAUUCUUGGUGUGGACACCAGUGUCAGUGACACUGGCCCUGCUAGGUAGCACCUGGCUCCACACCCUUUCUCACCUCCCAGACUCCUGUUGUCCGCUGGCUGGUCAGAGGACACAGGAUUUAUGGGGUUGGAGGAAGGGAAGCCUCUUCAUGGUCCUGGCUUCCCCCACUCCAGAGUCACAGAGCAUCUCCCUGAGGUUUGGUCAGUGACAGGUUUGGCCACAUUCCUUAGGUGCCUCUAGCCACUCCUUCCCAGCCUUAGACAAGAUUCCUGAACCUCAGGCCUUGUGCAUACUCUGUUGUGUCAAACCCAGGGUGUGAGUUGCCUUGGGCCUUAACUUUUUUUUUUUUUGCCAAGUUAUCCCCUUGGGGCCAGGGUGCCAGGGCCAGAGCCCUCUGCUGCUCUUGUGUUCUAGGUGCUUAUGGAGGGUUGGAUUUGGAGGGGUGUCUUGUAGCUGUUAUUCGAGGGUGGAAGAGGCUUUGAUUGGCCUGUCCCCAGGCCCCUUCGGGCCACGGGGUUCCUCUUAGUAUGUCCCUGUCAGAUGAGUCCAUGAAGACUCUGUGCAGCCCUACAGACCCUGGCAGCCUAGAACCACCCACCGGCUGUUGUUGAGAACCUUCUAUGCUGCCAUUUCAGGACACAUCCCGCCGUUUUGUGUCCAGAGCCUAUCUGCCCCUUUCCUAGUUUUUCCCCACCCCCCCUCAGCCCUGGGGGAGCUCCCACUCAUUGUACUUCCGUCCCCACAUCCCUGGGCAAGAGCAGAUGUGCUUGGAGCCCAGCAUCCUCGUGGCCUUUGCUGACCUCUUCUUCUCUUUCCUGACCUGAUCAAGCCAGCCCUUCCUGCCCACUGGAGUGAGGCUGCGCACUGACUGUACUGGGCUCCUUCCUCUUGAGGUUACAGGUACAAUGUAAGAAGCUGUCACCUGUCCCCAUUUGCCCCUCCCCGCUUGCUGUGCUCAUUUGUGUACUGCAUUUGCCUAUGGCCCCUCCCCCAGCUCCCUUCCUUGUAUGGAGAGGCUUUUUGGUGUCUGCCUCUGGGGGAGGGCUCAACUGUGAGAUGAGUUCACAUUCACACCUAUUGACUUCCUCUGCACCAAUUGUGUAUUUCACCAUUUGCACUUUUUGUAUUUCAAUAAAAAUGGAGAUUGAAAA